AUGAACCCUAGAUCAAAACCCGAUUCGGCGACGGUGUUGUCCUCCUAUCCAGAUUUUGGUGGCCUUGGGUGUGGCUAUGUGAUGAAUAGAUGGGGCUUCGCGGUGGGUUCGGUAUCAAUGGCUCUUGGAGAUGGUGUCGCGGAUGAGAGAUCGAGUCCCAGAGUUGCGUCUUUGCAAAAGCUGGUGGAGUGGAGGGUUGUUGCGGGAGACACAGUUCCGAGGGAUGCAGGAAGUGCGGCGGAAAAGGUAAACUUAUGUAACAAUUCAUGUCCUCGGUGGCUAGCUAUUGUUCUCCCAUCAAUGAUUGAACUUGCUCAUAUAGUUGGUUUACAUUUCCUCUUCCCACAGUCAUCAAGGGACACCAUUUCAUUUAUUAUUAACCGUCGCAAAUGCUUUCUUAACAAGGAAAAAGUUGAUCAGAAUUUUCAUAGUUACCCUCCAUUACUGUCAUAUCUUGAAGCUCUGCCUCCAACAUAUGUUAAUGAAAAAGAUAUAUGUAAAAAUUUGAGUGAAGAUGGUUCGUUGUUUCAAUCUCCCUCGGCCACCGCAAAAGCAUUCAUGGAUUAUGGAAACAAAAAAUGCCUAGCUUAUUUACGCUCCUUGGCACAAAGAUGUCCAAAAGCAGUUCCACAAUCAUAUCCAAUGGAUGAGGACCAUAUAAAGUUAUGCAUUGCUAACCAAUUACAUAGGUUUGGAUUGGGACAGUACUUUGUAAGAGAGAUUGAAGUGCUUUUGACACAAGUUUAUAGGAAAUAUAACAAGGAGAAAGAUAUACGGGUGAAAGCAUCGAAUAUGAGUGCUUUGUAG